AUGACCAGGCGGACAAUCGCGAAGGAUCCGCUCAGAUGUAAGCUGGUGGUGGAGGACAAUCCCAUAGAACAAGUUAUGCAAUUCAGAUAUCUGGACAUAGAUAUAUCAAAUACUCACGACCCAGUUAAAGACCUAAGAAGCCAGAUUAACAAAGCAUCCUCACUAUCAGGAUGCCUACGAGAUAUAGUCUGGUCCAACCCGUACAUGCGCAAAGAUAGCAAAAUUAGAAUCUACAAGACUUGUAUCAGACCCAUCACGACGUACGGUACGGAAGUCCGCGAGGACAACAACAAGACGAAGCAAAUGCUGAGGGUGGCCGAGAUGAAAACACUAAGAACAAUAGUGGGGAAAACAAGAAGACACAGAGUAAGAAAUACAGAUGUCAAAGAGCAAUGCGGGAUACAAGACAUUAUGAGAUGGGGAAGACAACGUAAGAGGCAGUGGUACAACCAUAUGAAGGACAAAAGUGCAAACGACCUCAAAUACUUUUAUCUCGAAGUUUCGCACCAACUUUCAGUAAAUGUGCAGAACGUCUUUUCUGCGGAAAAAAAUGGAACUUGUCAAAAGCAAUAA